AUGAAAGAAGAGUGUCCGAAGAUGUUCGCUCUUCUAUUUCUUCUUCUCGCAAGUCCUGGUCUUCUGGCGUUACAGGUCUUGGAUCAGCAUUAUUGGAUGAAGGUUUCUGCAGAAGACCUGAGAGAAAGCUUGAAUGUAAAACCCAACAAGAGAAUUGCUAAAAAUGUCAUCCUCUUCGUCGGUGAUGGGAUGGGACCAAAUACUGCCACAGCCGCAAGGAUUUACAAGGAACAUGAAUAUGGAUACCUUUCCUGGGAGAGGUUUGAUCAUGUUGGCGCAGUAAAGACUUAUUCCAAUGACAGGCAAGUUCCUGAUUCAGCUUGUUCAGGAACAGCCAUGUUCGCUGGAGUCAAAACUAAUAUUCAUACACUAGGUGUACAUUCAACAGUGAAGAGAUUUGACUGCGACGGCAGUGCUGUUAAAGAGAAUCAAGUUGUUACUCUUGCAAAAUUAGCACAAGAUGCAGGGAAAGCAACUGGCAUCGUUACCACGGCGCGUGUUACUCACGCCACCCCAGCAGCGAUGUAUGCACACUCAUCAUUUAGGGACUGGGAAUGUGAUACUAGGAUGCCAUACUACGCUAGCAAAUGCAAAGAUAUUGCUAGACAGAUGAUAGAAGAUGAGCCAGGAAAAAAUUUUAAUGUGAUAAUGGGUGGUGGAAGGCAGCAACUUAUGACGGAUCCUCCUGCGACCGCUGAAGAUCCUAUAGCAGAAGGAGCGACAACCUGUAAAAGGCUAGAUGGCCUUAAUCUUAUCGCAGAAUGGGCUCGAAGAAUGGAAAAUAAAAAAGUAAAAUUUGCCUUGCCCAAAAAUAGGAAGGAGCUAUUAGACAUGGACACAAGCAAGACUGAUUAUGUCCUAGGCAUUUUCUGUAAUGACCACUUCCCGUACUUUCACGCAGUCAAUCAUUCUGAUACAUCAGUACCUACAUUAGAAGAGAUGACAACAAAAGCUAUCAAAGUUCUUAACAACAACAAAAACGGAUUCUUCUUAAUGGUAGAAAGUGGCCUUAUUGACCAAGGCCAUCACAAUGGUAAAGCUCGCAUCGCCCUCAGUGAAACGGUUCAAUUAAGCAUAGCCGUGAACAGUACGAUGAAACUGUUAGAGGCUGCCGGUAUCAAAGAAGAAACACUCGUUAUCGUAACCAGUGACCACUCUCACACUCUCACUAUCAGUGGUUAUCCUGAUAUAGGAUCUAACAUCUUAGGUAUUGCUGGUAAAUCAUUAGUCGAUAAAACACCAUACACCAUUCUCAAUUAUGCCGUCGUAGGAAGACAUAAUUUCAAAAUGAAAGCAGUAAACGGUACUGUUGUAAGAGAGGAUCCUUCAAAGGUGGAUACCACUUCGUACGAUUACAGAGCUGCAGGUGUCGUGCCAGAUGCUACGAAUUUUCAUGGAGGAAGUGAUGUGUUCGUUUAUGCAACAGGUCCAAAUGCAUAUCUUUUCCAUCGCAUGCAUGAACAGACAUAUGUGGCUGAAGUGAUCAAGUAUGCAUUGCGUAUAGGGAACUAUACCCCAAAGCCACUGCUCGCUAAAUCUCAACGUUCAGGAUCUUCAUCCCUGAUUUCAUCUGUGAUAAUGAUAAUUAUGGCACAAUUACUUUUUAGGUUAAAAAAUUUAAUGUAAUUUAACAAAUUUAGUGUACCUGUGCUGUUUUAUUUUAUAUAAAAAAUAAUUGAAUCUGUUCUAGAUUCAGCCUUAUUUAUUUAAUUGAAAUUUUGUUCCUUUUAAUUUUCUUUUAUACUGUAACAAGCAUUCAUUGUAUUUAAAUGUAAAUAAUUGAGAUUAUUUAAUAUAAUUUUUAUUUAUUCA